AUGACAACAACGACUGUAUCGAGUCAUCUAUCAGCAAGAACUAUUACGACUACAUCAAAAUUCUGUUCUAUUCCAGUCAUAAAUGCAAUAUGGAGUCAAUCAAGUGUUGUAGUUGUUAAUCCUCUUGGUAAAUGUUUACCAGACGAGAAUAGUAUAUGUAGUGCGCGAGAUUUCUUUCUUGAUAAUAUUCAUAAUACUCUUUAUAUUGCUGAUACGGAUAAUAAUCGAAUACAAAAAUAUUCGCUAAAUGAAAGUUACAAUCAAAGCGAAGGUGCAAUUGGCAUUACUGUUGCUAAAAAUGGUCUUCUUUGUCCACAAUCUGUCUUCGUUGAUAUACAUACAGAAGAUAUGUAUAUUAUGGAUUUGGAUAAAAUGGAAAGAUAUACCCAAUAUGGCCAUGUCUCCUAUCGUGUCCAUUUAUGGAAGAAAAAUGAAAAUGUUGGAAGAAUUUUACUUAGUCAAACAACGGAACAAGGUUUUUCACGAAAUAUUCAUCAUCUUGCACUAGAUAACCAAAUGAAUAUAUAUGUCGGAACAACAUAUUUUAUUGAAAAAUGGUUAGCAUCAACAAAUUAUGCCGGAAGAAUUAUUGUUGCUGGAAAGGACAAAGGCAAUCCAUCAUAUUUAAGAAGUCUGCGUGAUCCAGGUGCCUUUUUUAUCACUGAUGAUCUGACAUUAUACAUAGCUGAUUGGCAAAAUAGACUUAUUCAACAAUGGAAAGCCAAUGCAACGUCAGGUGAGAUAGUGAUCGAAUUUUUAUCGCGCGUCCAAGGAAUAACAAUGGAUUGUAAUGGAUACAUUUAUUUUCUUGACGAAAGUACUGGCAAAAUUUGCCAAAUAGAUAUGGUAGAAGGUCAAAGCCGAGAGAUUGUCGAUUUUAAAAAUACUGAUGGAACAUCCAUAUUAAUUCAGCCAGGAAUGAUUCACAUUGAUAAACUUGGUAAUAUUUUUGUUCUGGGUAGACAACAAGUAUAUAAAUUUCCUCUUGUACAUACAUAA